CUUCUUUUUUCUUCUUAUUCCUCAUACCAUGUCUUGUACAUAUCGCUUCAUGGAUUCUUCUACUCAAUUACCCGCUAAUAGGAGUUAUGAUAUCAUUCAAAGACAGCAUCCUCAGCAGGCCAAAGUCAGUGUAUCUAACGAAAGAGACAGACGAUCGAUUGAACCAGCACCAAUUCUACAAAUGAAAUGGUUAAACUGUACAUCAGCAGAACAGAAAAAAUCAUUACAGAGUCCAUUUUAUUUUAUGGUAGUAAAUAUUGUACACACUCAGAACCAAAGCGUGUUGCUACCAUCACUAGAAUAUUUAUCUGGGUCAACUGUCUGUUCAUUGUACAGAUUAAGGGAUAUCGAUAACACAGAUGGUGGUUUUUUCGUAUUUGGUGAUUUAGCAGUAAAGAAAGCUGGUGUAUAUAAGCUACAUUUUAGUUUGUUUGAACUAGUGGGAGAUAAAGUGGAAACUCAUAAAGCAAUGUAUUCAAAUGAAUUUACAGUGUAUACAUCUAAACAAUACCCGGGCGUGAUAGAAUCAUCUUUUUUGUCACGUACAUUCUCAGAUCAAGGCAUUAAGAUUAAAGUUAGAAAAGAAAGCCGCAGCAAUGGAGAUGAUAUAAAAAGUGGGACCAAUUUACGUAAACGGAAAUCUGAAAAUUCCAAGACGAAACAGAGAGAAGUAGUGAGUCCACCUUCAUAUGCUUCAGAUGAUGCUUACUUUGGUAGAUGGCAUGCUUUAAAUCAUAAAUCUAAAAGACAAGUAGUGCCAUCCCCAACCCCAUCCUUAUCUCCUACUCUUCCUUCCAUUUCUUCACCACCGCCAAAUCAAUUACAUGAGAAAUGGAUGAUGAUGGAUGUAGAUAGCUAUAUAUCCAAUGCAUUGCCACCACUACAUGAAAUCAUGAACAGAAAUCAUUCAUACUCUCCAUUCCCUUUAGAUAAUUCUUUUUUCAAUCGUCAUCAUUAAAAAAACCCAUAUUUUGUAAAUAAUCAA